GUUUGUAGCAGCUAACGCUAGCAUGCUACCAAAGUGACACCAGGUGGAUUAUGAUGUUAAGACUGGCAGCAUGGCGUCGGUCGGCGGCCACAAAUAGCCACACGGAGCCCGCACGCCUGCUCGCCGCCGCUCUUCUGGGAGCGAACCGGCCACCACAGAGUUCGGGGGGCAAGCGCUUACUACACACUCUCCUCCCACCGAGUGACAGGUCUGCGCCGUCGCUCCUCCAUCCAAUCCCGGCCUACUACCUCAGUCCACCUAUCUUCAGGAGCAUGGCGUCGGGGGGUGAGGGGCCUUCGUCCUCCUCCUCAUCUUCCACUCCACACAAACACACCAACAGGCUGGCCAAUGAGAGGUCGCCCUACCUGCUCCAGCAUGCACACAACCCUGUCGACUGGUUCCCAUGGGGACAAGAGGCGUUUGACAAAGCCAAGAAAGAAGACAAACCCAUCUUUUUAUCAGUGGGCUACUCCACGUGCCACUGGUGCCACGUCAUGGAGCGGGAGUCCUUCGAGGACGAGGAAAUUGGCAAGAUCCUGAGCGACAACUUCGUCUGCAUCAAAUUAGACCGAGAGGAGAGACCCGACGUGGACAAGGUCUACAUGACUUUCGUGCAGGCAACGAGUGGAAGCGGAGGUUGGCCCAUGAGCGUGUGGUUGACCCCUGACCUUCGGCCUUUCAUCGGAGGUACGUACUUCCCUCCUCGAGACCACGGACGAAGGCCUGGUUUCAAGACGGUCCUCACAAGAAUCAUGGAACAGUGGCAGAACAACCGCUCUACUCUGGAGUCCAGUGGAGACCGAAUCCUGGAAGCUCUGAAGAAAGGCACGGCGAUCACCGCAAACCCAGGAGAAAGCCCUCCUCUGGCCCCGGAUGUGGCUAACCGAUGCUUCCAGCAGCUCGCCCAUUCCUACGAGGAGGAGUACGGCGGCUUCAGGGAGGCUCCCAAGUUCCCUUCACCAGUGAACCUGAUGUUCCUGAUGUCGUACUGGUCCGUCAACCGCUCCACCACGGAGGGCGUGGAGGCUCUCCAGAUGGCGCUGCACACGCUUCGCAUGAUGGCGCUGGGAGGCAUCCACGACCACGUGGCACAGGGCUUUCAUCGUUACUCCACAGACUCCUCCUGGCAUGUUCCUCACUUUGAAAAGAUGCUGUACGACCAGGCUCAGCUGGCUGUAGCCUACAUAACCGCUUCCCAGGUAUCAGGUGAGCCGCUGUUUGCCGACGUGGCGAAGGACAUACUGCUGUACGUCUCCAGAGACCUGAGCGACAAGUCCGGGGGCUUCUACAGCGCCGAGGAUGCCGAUUCCGUCCCGGCGUCGGGGGGAGCGGAGAAGCGAGAGGGGGCUUUCUGUGUGUGGACAGCGUCCGAAGUCCGGGAGCUGCUGCCGGACGUGGUGGAGGGCGCCACUGGAGCCGCCACGCAGGCCGACAUCUUCAUGCAUCACUAUGGUGUCAAAGAACAGGGGAAUGUUGCUCCAGAACAGGACCCCCACGGGGAGCUGCAGGGCCAGAAUGUGCUGAUCGUGCGCUACUCGGCGGAGUUAACAGCUGCCCGCUUUGGCAUCAGCCUCGAGAAAGUCGACGAGGUCCUGGCCUCUGCCAGGGCCAGGAUGGCCGACGUGAGGACGCGCCGGCCACGCCCACAUCUGGACAGCAAAAUGCUGGCGUCCUGGAACGGCCUCAUGCUGUCCGCCUACGCUCGCGUCGGGGCCGUGCUGGAGGACAAGACCCUGCUGGAGAGAGCGCUGCAGGCGGCCCGGUUCCUCAAGGAGCACCUGUGGGACGCAGACCGCCAGAUCGUCCUCCGGUCUUGUUACCGCGGCGACCACAUGGAGGUGCAGCAGAUAUACCCGCCCAUCUCCGGCUUCCUGGACGACUACGCCUUCAUCGUGUGCGGCCUGCUGGACCUGUACGAGGCCACGCUGCGGCCCGAGUGGCUGCAGUGGGCCGAGGAGCUGCAGCUCCGGCAGGACGCGCUCUUCUGGGACCACCAGGGCGGAGGCUACUUCUGUAGUGACCCCAGUGACGGCACGGUGCUGCUGCAGCUGAAAGAGGCCAGCCGACUCUACUGAUCGGGGAUACUCAGCUCAUGACUUUUCAUGUCUGGAGAUCUGUCUGCUUGUGGAAAAAUAAAUAAGGACCUGAUUCAGGUGCUGGCGCUGUGAGGCCGCGCUGCCCGGAGCUCCGGAGGAUUGAUGGACGGGUGAAGGAUUAAUGUUCCUCCCGCAGCAUACCUCUGUGGCUCAGACGAGGGUGAGGAUGGAUCGGUCGGACAGGGUGCGAAGGCCCGCAGACACUCCAGACAGUCUGCUCAUAUCAACACAUGGACACUGACCUGAGGGGCCUGGAGGAGAAACGCAUGGAUUUCCUGUUGUCUGUUGGAACGACCGACGAGCCUAAUGGAUCGGCGUAAUCACUCAUUUAUUUGUUCAUUCUUCAUCCAUAUCUCUCAUCUGCCGAAGCCCAUCGCCGUAUCGAUCCAGCUUAACGAGACGGAAGCCCGCGCUGUAAAAUCCCUGCCAGUUUCGCUCCAGUGCUACACUUAAAACCGUAAGAGAGGAAGCAGACAUAGCGGAUGGCUAGAUACAUGAAUAGGCUGAGAAUAAAAGAGGGGAGCAGAAGAAUAUUGACCUCUCCCGUCGAGCUUCAGCGCCCCGCAGCCCGCCCUCAUUGCAGCCGUACCCCUCCGCCAUGAAAGGCACUCAAAGACCGAUGCUCUGAUUCUCCGGUUUCUUUUAUCAUCAGAUCUGCACAAUAUGUCUCCAUUGUGUCUGUGAGUCCACCUGCUUCCCAGAUACUGGAACGGCAUCACAACUCGAUCCACUUUCUGCCUGGUUUUCCCGGCAAAUUAACUCCUUAUUUUACAUUUUAAAUACAACUUUGUUUUUUUUCUCAGACCUCAGGUAUAAAGGCUGCAUCAGAACAAACCAAGAGCUGCUGAUGUUAAAUAAACAUCAUAUUUUUCUCCUGUGCAUAAUAUGCUGAUUGCUGUGAUGAAAUUUGAAGGUACCGUAACAAAUCAAGGCUCCGUCCGUUCGCCUAUGGCUCUAGCGCUGGAUCUGUCACUCCAGAUUAGGGAAUGUGAGCUGGGCUCCGAAUAGAAAAAUUAAUUCAAAGUGCUCCGCUGGAACUGCCACGUUCAACUCAACUACUUGGAAGUUACCCUGCAGGGAACGAAAGCUGUUGCUGCUCGCUGCGCUCGCCACGUUCUGACCAGUUUAGCACGGUUUAACCCGAUAAGCUCCGAUCCCACCUGGCCUCACACGAUAACGCAGUUCAUCAUGACAAUGGACCCUCAGGAUCUACACCCACUUAACCUUUGUUAGAUUUAAGGGCUUCAGGAAAUAUGUUUAGAAUGAAUACGCGGCGCCCCGGAGGCUAAACGAUAACCUCUAGUUCAGCACGGCACCAAGUAUUAUUUAAUGUGGUUAAUCCUUCAAAGAUCUGUCGAUACAUACCGUUUAUUUUGGGGACAGUGUUUAAAAUAACUAAUUUGUGCUAAUUUUGGGGUUUGAAGAGAGUUUUUCUUUCUUAGAAUACUUGACUGGUCUCGAGGGAGAUAUGGGAAAAACACAUUUUGAGGGAUUAUGCAUGUGUAAUCCCAUAUAGCUCCCACCAGGUUCAGACCCCUAUCAUCCGUUCUGUGAGGCUACAGUGAUAACCGCCACAUCGCUGCACGGUCUGCAGCAAGGCUCCACCGGAAGACAUAUCGACCCUUUAAUUGCACUCUGAUUAUCUGCUCUGAUUCUGCCGCGCGGCCAUGAGAUUAUUAUUUUCAUGCUGGCUGUCAGCGACUGUCAAUGGAUUGCCCAGAGUUUUCUUCGCGCAAUCACGUCCUGUCCUUGAAAACUGUUUUUCUCACCUCUUGC